CAUAGAUUGAGUUCAGCUCCUUACAAGCAUCUAUUGUUUCCUCCAUUGUCUUGCCAUACCUGCCUCUUGCAUACGGGUCACGUCUCCUCAAGUACGCAUACCUUGCCGCGAUAGACUGCAAAGUACUUGCAUCCCCUACGGUCUCUUCCCUGAACCCCGGUAACAAUCAUGGCGCCCGGACUCGUCGAACCCCAGUACCAGCCUACCGCUACAUCCACAUCCCUCUCCACAUCAAAGUCUAGCAACGUCCACAGCUACGUUCCUGGUCGCACAACUGUCAAGAAGCAUGCUGUUCCUUACAAAUACGAAGACCUUCGGCCACACUUCCCCACCAUCACAUGGCCAGCCUACACUGAGAUCCCCUACGCCGACAAAGGCCAACUAGGCGAUCCAAACUUCAAGAACCUCCUCGCAACCGCCACAGACGUCUUCGACUACAACCCAAAGAUUGGCACCGAGGUGCACGGUGUUGAUCUAGCAAACCUCACAGAUGCUCAGAAGAACGACCUUGCCCGACUGAUUGCUACGCGUGGUGUGGUGUUCUUCCGGAAUCAGAAGAACUUCAGCAUCGACGAGCAAAGGGAGCUUGGCAAGUACUUUGGUGAGCUCCACAAGCAUGCUACAACUGGUGUGCCGAAGCGCGAGGGUUUGGAAGACGUCCAUGUUAUCUACACCGGCGAGGACAGCCCAGACCUGAGGGCGUUGUUCACACCGUCGUUCCUCUGGCACUCUGAUGUAACAUACGAACUGCAGCCUCCUUCCUACACCUCCCUCAAAGUCCUCACUGGCCCACCUCGUGGCGGUGGUGGAGACACACUCUGGUCUUCGCAAUACGCAGCUUACGAUAUGCUAUCGCCGCACAUGCAAAAGUACCUUGAGGGCCUCACUGCCCUACACUCGGCCGAGCUCCAAGCCCAGGGCUCACGCGAUCUGGGACGAACUGUACGCCGCGACCCUGUCACCACCGAACACCCACUCAUCCGAACAAACCCUGUCACGGGCUGGAAGAGUAUCUUCUUUAACCCAGGCUUCGUGACAAAGAUUGUCGGUGUACCAAAGACGGAGUCGGAUCACAUCAUCAGUUUUUUGACUGAGAUUAUCGCAACCAGCCCAGAGGUUCAUGCUAGGUUCCAGUGGAACGAGGGUGAUGUAGCGUUCUGGGAUAACAGGGUCACAAACCACUCCGCUACUUAUGGCUUCGCACCCCACCGCCGACACGCAGUCCGCGUAACCGUCCGUGCUGAACGACCGUAUCUCGACCCAAAGAGCAAGUCGCAAGAAGAAGAGCUGAGCGAGAAGUACGGAGUCCCGAGGGCGAACAAGGAUGGAAGCGGUGUUGUCAACUACAAUGACUGAGCAUUUGACGUCCUGUGAAAACGCGGGCUAAUGUUUUGACUUUAUGUAUGAGCGUUCUUAGCGAGCAUGAUGAUAUAAGCGUGCAAAUGAACUAGAUUCGACUUUAACGUUGCCUCCUGGCGCACAUGUUCUUCGUUUUCAAACCAGUUACACGCUUCCGUACUUGGAAGUGCAAGCCGACAAGGGGUGAUUGAGGCACAUACAAAUGGUCUAUCAAGAACCAACACUCAUAUCUAAUUUCCGCAAAUGAACGAGGCCGUCAUUAGUCUAGAAUCGUCAACUACACAAGUAACAUUGGUUCAACAAGACAAU